UUCUGCUGUUGAUUUGCACAAAACAAGUUAAGAACUACGUUUCCCAGCACGCCUUUCCCGUCUCAGCAUUCGAACGUAUUGGUGGGGCGACUGACUAUGUGCUGACAUGGCUGCUUCCAUGGAGUUCGUGAGGUCCAAGACUGGUCCACAGUUAAUAAUCUUAUUCUUUCUGGUGUUCUUCAUCCCCACAGCAACUGCCCUCAUUGAGGGACUUUACUGCGGUACAGAGAUUUGCUAUGAUGUGCUUGGGGUAUCCCGGGAAUCCACAAAGUUGGAGAUUGCUCGGGCUUACAGACAGCUGGCAAGAAAGUAUCACCCGGACAGGUACCGGGCCGGGGAUCCAGGUCUGGCUGGAGAGACUGCAGAAAGUGCCCAUCAGAAAUUCCUGCUCAUCGCCACUGCCUACGAGACGCUGAAGGAUGAAGAGUCGCGGAAGGAUUAUGAUUACAUGCUGGAUCACCCUGAAGAGUACUACAGCCACUACUACCAUUACUACAGUAGGAGGCUGGCGCCCAAAGUGGACGUCAGGAUAGUCAUUCUCGUAACAGUGUGUGCCAUCUCUCUUUUCCAGUAUUACAGCUGGUGGAGUAGCUACACUGAAGCCAUUAACUACCUAACCACUGUACCCAAGUACCGAAUCCAGGCUGCAGAGCUCGCCAGGCAACAGGGGCUGCUCAACAAGACUAAGGAGAAGGGUAAAAACAGAAGGUCGAAGGAAGAGAUCCGAGAAGAGGAGGAGGAAAUUAUCAGAGACAUCAUUAAAACCAAGAUUGACAUCAAAGGAGGCUAUCAGAAGCCUAACAUAUCAGACAUACUGCUGUGUAAGAUCGUGCUAGCGCCCUACUUCCUGUGCACGUACAUCAUCUGGUACUGUCGGUGGAUAUACCGCUUCACCAUCAAAGGGGAGGAGUAUGGGGAGGAGGAGAAACUCUACCUUAUUUGCAAGAACAUGAAGAUGUCCCAGGCUCAAUUUGACAGCCACGAGGACCAUCAGGUGCAAACUUUCUUGGAACGACAACUUUGGAUCAAAGAAAACUAUGAGGUAUACAAGCAAGAGCAAGAGGAAGAGAUGAAAAUGAAGAUGGCGUCAGACCCUCGGUGGAAAAGAUACAGACGGUGGAUGAAAAAUGAUGGGCCUGGAAGGUUAACGUUCAUUGAUGACUGAAGACAAACAACAUUGCACUCCCACAAAUAUAGAAACAAUAUAUAUACAUAUAAAAUGAUGGGCCUGGAAGAUUAAUGUUUAUUGAUGACUGAAGACAAACAACAUUACACUCAUACGCAUAUAGAACCAAUAUGUAUAUACAUAUACAUAUAUCUGUUGAUUUAGAAUGAUUUUCAUAGCAUAAGUUAUAUUGGAGGGUUUGCGUGCACGUGGAGUGGUGGACUCAGGAAUGUGCGUAACAUGCAGCUUCCCUAAUAGCUCUCGUUGGUAGAGCACAUCUGCUGAUCCCACAUUGAAUAUUGCCAUGGCAAAAUAUGGUAUACUUCAAUCUGAUUUCUUUAUUUAGAAUGUUUAGAACAAGUUCCCGAACUCUGUUCUGGGUGACUGAAUCUCAGGUAAUCCCUACAAUUCACUAGGGUCACUGUGAAAACUCGGGUCGCUGUCACACCUCAAUUGUAAUCCCUCAGUGGAACUUUUCUGCAUGCAUUUUGAUCCAACCCGGAUUUAUGCUAAAUAGUUAACAUUAUCUUGCAUGUUGGGGCUUAUUUUAGUACUUUUUUUUUGCCUGAGGUACAGUAUGUUGUUGCCCAGCUAGAAAAGUAGACUGUAAAAAAGCAUAAACAUGAUUUGCAUCAUUUAAGUAUAUAUCAUUUCCAUAACUUCCUCACCUCCUCCAGAACAGCGUGCCGUUUAUUAAAGUACAUUGUUCUUGGCCCUUACGAUAGUGUAGUUGUUUCUGAACUAUUUGCUACCAGUUUCUAUUUCUAAACCCCAUACACUUAUGACUGUUAUUUUAUUUGAAAGCCAACCAAGAAUCAUAGCUUUUUUGUAUUGGUUAAAUUAUAUUUUCAGGUAAUGACUGCCCUUAACCACUGGUCGCUUAUAUUAACUUGAUUAAGCCUUAUAACAGGGGCGACGCAUUUUGUCUCGCAGGAAACAAAUACGGUAUAUUUGUAAAUAUUUUACAAACACCGCCAAAGCCUUAAAAUGCGAACCCUUUACUUCAAAGAAUCUGAACUGCUCUGCUUGCCCUUAUUCUACGCGGUUUGUAGCUGCCAACAAUAAACAUCCAAUCUGAAAAAAGUGUCUGUAAAGUAACAUUUCAGGGUCAACUGGGGUUGGCGUAGAAAUAUGAGUUAUACUGUAUCUGAUAAGACUUAUUCUCAACCUUGAAUGAACUUACAGGAAACAGUUUUGUUACAUCUUGUUGCUGUGUCUUGGUUUUUACAUCAUUUUUACGAGUAGUAGGCUAAUUCAGUUAUAUGUAGAGAGCUACUAGAAGGAUGAAAAACAUUUAAACACUUACAGCGGUAUUAUGCAACAUUAUGUAGCAAUAUUUCUUAAAAAGACCAUAGAAUCAUCACUUUUGAGACGUUUUGUGAAACCUCAGUAAUUAGUGUGAUCUUGGAUACUGAAAUGCCUGCCUUCCAUGUGCCAGCCCUCAGCCCUCAGUCAGAUACCAUCAGGUCUGCUGACUGGUUUCACUGUGACUGAAACAACAGGGAGAUGCAGCUUUUAUAUAUUACAGAACAUGCCUGGGCAUGUCUAUUUACACAGGUGAGGAUGCUACAUGUUGCAUUUAUUAUUCUUUGAAACAGUGUGGUUUAUUUCUUUUAACCUGAUUUAGCCUUUUUUAUUUUCUUCGAAAAAGUUUUCUCCUUGCAAAUUUUCUGUGCUUUAUACACAAACUGCUAAAUGCUUAAAUGCUUAAAUGAACCUGCUUUCUUUUCAAAACUAUUGUUUUAAUUUACCCUCAAAAAUUUAAGUUGAUUAGAUGUCCACAUGCCAAAGUGAACUAACCAAACCCAUUGUUCCCCACACCAACACAUACACAUGUACCUCGGUGACAUAUAAAAAAAAAAGUCUUUGAAGAGAAAUUAAAUGAAGAGUUUAUUCUACAACUCAUUAGAUUGUCGAUUCUACUUUGGCGUACUGGUAUACAGAACUACCCUUACAUGUUUCUGGAGUCAUAAAUCAGUAGAAAGAAAGAACAGCUUGUGUUGUGCAAGAGCACCGCCUAGGGGCUUCUCAGUGGCACAGCAACCUAAAACUGCCCUUGUUUCAACAAUCCGUUUGAUAUGGUUUUCAAGCCUUGCUCUAUGAUGGGUGUCCAAUCCUGGUCCUGGAGGGCCGGUGUCCCUCCUGGUUUUUGUUCCAACUGUGUCCUAAAUUACUUAAUUGGACCAAUUA